GCAUCAUUAUUGAUGAAAUGGACCAGGCAAAAACUACCAUUCCCCAUGCAUCACGCCGACAUUUGUAUAAGGAGAUGGCUAAUAACACGAUGAUGAAAAUGAACCUCACCGGUAUCAUGGCUCAUGGUAGGAAUCCGUCGUUGAUUGUGCAUACAUGGUUUCCUUAUCUAUCGCACGGAUCGAAUUCUGUAGUUACGUCCAUUGCCAAAGUUAUGAGGGACGUGCAAGCGCGAGAAGGGAAAUUCCCGCCGGUGCUGCAAGUCCAAGCUGAUAAGUGCGGCGGACAGAACAAAAACAGAUUCGUCUUCGCAUUCCUUGCAAUGUUGGUCAAGUUUCGGAUUUUUGACGAGAUCCUGAUGGGGUUCAUGAUAGUUGGUCACACCCACAUCGACAUCGACGCGAAGUUUAGUUUGUUUGCUCGCAAACUCAACGGGUCUGAUGCGUACACGAUGGAAGAACUGUUUGCGGUGCUCCAAAUAUCUUGUGAGGAACAAGUGGAGUGCACGCAACUCGCGGAAAUUGUGGACAGGAAAACCGCGAUCUCGCCGUAUCUUGACAACUUGAUUUUUGGCCAUGCCACGCCCCACCUUUUUCGUUUUUACAUGGAGGGUGAUAACCCGGCUAUGGUCUACAAAGCGCACUGCACCGACAAAAACUGGGGGCCUGACAAGGGACCGGUGUACUGGUUCAAACGCGGUGCGGACAAGAAAUGGGCAGGUCCCGCAUGGGGAUUCGAGCCGCGCCGCGAGUCGCCCAACCCCACUUCUGGUGACUUUACAAACGGCAAAGCGGGUCUACGCGUUUUAGUGAAGACGUGGAAGGACGCAAUGAACGAAUGGGAAACUCAAACUAUAGAGGAGCGUCAACUCAAGACUGACAGACUGAGAUACUGGACGGACCGUUUAGCCGAGUUCGACAACAUUAAGGUGGAAGAGACCGGAACAGUGUCGUUGUCAUACUUGUUUUGGCCAUCACCUAGGCCAAACAAACCAAGUGCAGACUCAGCGGUCCCGUGCGUCGUGCCACAGCCGUUGAGAAAACAGUGCUUUGUCGGCCAUAGGAAGAAUGCACCCAAACCAGAAUUCGACCCUCGUAAAGUUGUUAAGAUUGAUGAUUUUGUUGUUCUGCGCGCUCCGGAUGACCACGUGCAAGAAGGGUGCACCUUUUGGGUUGCUCGUGUCAUCAAGAAGGAGACAACCCGGAUUUUCGUGGAGUACUGGAGGCCGUGCGGUCGCGAACAAGAGGUCUCAAAGCUUUACGAAGAUGCAUGGAAUAAGACGUGGAGAGUGGAAACGGAAUCGGAACUCGGAUGGCCAGACCUCAGAAGCGUGGCAUGGGCAUGGACCAGCGGAAUUCGAUCCAGAACGGGAAUGAAAAUCCGGAAAGGGGAUGCACUUAAAGCACAAUAGUCGUUGGCGGCGCCGGAUUCAGCUGAUACUGCAUGCAAGAACAGUCGGGAUAUCGAUGCAUGACGAUUUUCGAAGACGCUCGAGGAUUGUGGUCGGUGUCCGCAUUUGCAGAUAGUGAAACGCCGGACCCAUCCUGGGCCGCUGCACCAAGAAAUGGUAGAACAUUGUCAGUGGGGAUGUCGAACCCCUCCACCCUCAAUCGUAAAGGGGUCCGGCGUUACACAAAAGCCCGGGUGUGGCCACACCCACACCAACAAGCGCCAGAGCGCCACCCAAAAGU